AUGGAUCACUUCUUCACCUAUGCUUCACUUCCAUCAACGGGAUGGUUUAGACUUCUGACUGUCCUCCCGUCGCAUGAUGACACAUCCGAGAUCUCAUGCGAGCUGCAUCAUCACGAGUUAGCCAAGUGCCCUCGGUAUGAAGCCAUAUCGUAUACGUGGGGCAAUGAAGAUGCAUCAGAGCGAAUGCUAGUCGACGGCAAAAUCUUCAAACUACGUCCAAACUUAUAUGCAGCUCUAAAGGCUUUCAGAAAGUCUGAUGAACCAAUUGUCAUCUGGGCUGAUGCCAUUUGCAUCAACCAGCAAGAUGAAGUGGAGAGAAAUCACCAAGUCUUGCAGAUGAACAAAAUUUAUUCGCAAGCACAAGCAGUCGAUGUCUGGUUCGGAAGCGCAAACAAGUCCUCUGACACAGGUGUCGCCUUUCUGAACAAGUUUUAUUCACUUGUAUAUCACGACGUGAACUAUCAACAACUGUUGCCCGCUUCUGCGCCUUUGGAUAAGCGCGCGAUCUCUAUUUAUCCCGAGUCGAUGAAAUCGUUUGAAGACUUCUACGCGCCUAUACUCGGACUUCUCGAUGACCCCACAUUUGCAGCAGACAUGAGCCACGCUGUAGCAUUUCUGGCAAACAGCUGGUGGAGGAGGAUAUGGACUUUGCAAGAGAGUGUACUGUGCUCUAACGUCAUCUGCUGGUCCGGUCCUAAAACGUUCCCCUUCGAGAAUAUUUUAUACUUCUCAUACUUUCUGUACUAUCUCAUCAAUCAUAACGUCUGGAAAGAGGCACUUAUCCCACCAGAAAUGACUCUUGGCGUCCUGAGACGCGUUGAGGAUUUGCGCAAGGACAUGGUGGCUUACAAAAGAAUCGGGCUAGCUAUGGCGCUCUACUCAACAUGGAAUCGUGCCGCAUCAGAUCCUCGAGAUAAGGUUAUUGGCCUCUUGGGUAUUGUUGGGCCACGGGAUGAUCUCCAGCCUCAGUAUUCGUGGCCAGUGGAGAAGGUCUACAGAGCCGCGAUGCGUGCUGCACUCGUCGAAGAAAGUAACCUCAUAUGCCUUGGCUUGAUCUCCGAGAAAAAAGAGUCUCGGAACAAGAAGCUGGCGUCUUGGGUUCCUGACUUUGCACUUCAUUCUGAGCCAUUCAAAGACUACAUCACUUCGUUGUCCAAAGUACUCGCAAAAAGGCCUAUUUACGAUAUUUGUUUGAGUCAAGCAGGUAUUGCACCGACCAUACGGACGGAGAAAGACGACACUGAAUCACAGGGCGUAGCUUUCUGGAGAACAGUACUUGUUGAUUUGAGACAGGGUCAGCAUCCCACGCCCGCAAAAGGGAUAGGGCCCAGACGGCUUGACAAGAAUGAUCUGGAGAAGCUGUCGCAACUCGAUACCCCAGAAGGCUUGGAGGAUCUCUUAGAUACAUGGCAGUCAUGUCUUCGACCCAUAUACCGGCAACUUCGGUUGAUUGAGCAAUUCAACCGACGCUUCUUCAGGACAGAAAAGGGCUACAUGGGACUGGGUCCACCAGAUAUCCAACCUGGUGACGCAAUCUGCGUCCUGUUGGGCGGAUGCGUGGCUUACGCCUUGAGGAGGAGUGCAGAUGAGACCUGGAUCUACGUUGGCGAAUGCUACAUACAUGGGAUCAUGGACGGAGAGGCCGUUGCUAAAGCAAUCAAAGACAAGAUUGACUUCGUCGAGUAUCGUAUCGUCUGA